AUUUACACUCGAAGAAUUGAAGACUGAAUAGUGUACUGCGCAUUCAGACGUACCUCAGCCAUUCAUAACUUUGGAAACAAAAACCAUUAGACACCAUGCUAGCUGUAUAUGGUAGAACAAUCGCUGUUCAACGAACAUUGCCACUGAGACAACAUGCGACUCAAGUGAAAGCUUCUCUGCAGUCCCGUGGGAUGAUGUUAUGGGUCACCAACAUCUUUAACAGAAUGGACCACUCGCAACUACACAACGAAGGCCCUGACAAGACGGCCUCUGAUUUUGUACUUCGCAUGGGAGGUCUGGCCAAAAUCUGUGAAACCCCUACAACUCCAGAGAAAGACUAUUCAAAUUGGCUGAUGCAACCUAGCGAUUAUCCGAAGUACGUGCGUACCGGGAUGUCACUCCGAGAAGUGAAUCUCGAUAAAGUUACUGUCACGGAUAUGGGAAUGGAACAUUUCCGGAAUCUGAGUGGGCUAAUGAGCAUCAGUUUAAAGUCUUGCAAAUACAUAACCGAUGAAGGCAUGGACUAUCUUUUAGAAGGAAACCCUGUUCUUCGAACGAUCGACAUUUCGGACACAAAUGUCACCCCGGCCAAGCGAGAUAGCCUGAAAAAGCUUAACGGAGUUACCGUGAUCUCAGAUUGAAGGCGCGAUAAGACUGCUCAUGAAACAAUAGCCCAUAUUCCUUUGUAGUUUGGUUAUACUCCACGAACGCACAUUCGCUCAGAGUUUAGUACCAGAAUCGCUUAGAUUUCGGUAUUCGUAUGUGGAUGUGACGUAAACUAGCUGCCGCACAAUGACGUGAGCUCAGCAUCUUUAGCUGCAUAGUCGUGCCGGUAAGGUGACAAACGGGCGUACAAGUGCUAUAUCAAGUAGAUUUAGCGCAUAGUUUACGUCUCAAGCCUACCAUGCAGCCCUAUUUUCAACUCGGGAGUCCUUCAAUGGAAGCAUAAGAAGGGCUGUAGCUUGCUACUUCUGUAUAAAUAAAUUAGCUUCGGCUUUUUGGCAACCUGUUCCAUCAGCAUAACGGUAAUUGUACUCAACGUGCUCGAACUGAAGUCGAUAAAUCGGACAAGCAAAAUUCUACGCAACAGGCGGCGUUUUGAACAUCCAUGUUUGGCAUAAAGCCCUGUUGCGGGACUAACUUCGGAAUUAAAUAUUCCAUUAAUUUUUUUCUUUGCAAACAUACGUGUUGAUGUGUAGCUGAUAUAUGUUUAUUUGAAUUGAUUGAGUCGAUUCUCAUCUGCUGGAACUAUAAUCAUAAGCCACUAUGCGUCUACUUGGCACUCAUCCGUGUGAAAUGUUCCAUAUAUAUAUUGUUCCGGUUAUUGUUGUACACAUAGGCUUGCCGUUUGCCUGUUCAUGUUAGGGUAUUCUGUAUGUUGCGAGGCAACACAUCGCAUUAGGCUCGCAUUACACCUUUCGAUAUCGAACGGCUGCAAUAGCCUUCAGUUUAGAAUUUAUGGUGGGACCGAGUUUCUUUGCGGUUCCAUGCGUGCUGAAUUGCAUUCACGUAAACCCCUGUAUUCCUCUCGUCUGCUAUUUCCUAAACACAUUGCAAGCUGCGAUCUUUGCAAGUCUGCCCCGAAGUCAUUGAGGGCUGUUUUGCUCUAACACUUCCCUUGAUAUUUGUGAAAGUCUCAUCUAUAUAUAUAUGUAUAUAUAUAGCGUCGUAUAAAAUCAAACUGCGGCUUCAAACAGAUGCCACAGACGUUCUUUGACGACAGGAGUGGAGCACAUCAUUCCACCAAGCUUCAGGAGCUCGUCCGCAUUCCACGGAUCGGAAACCAGGCAAUGUGCAUUGUACUGCAUCUCAAAUCGAUUGAAUGCGGAUUCCAAAGUGAUAGUGGCAACUACAUUCUCAAUGUUACUAAGCGUGUCCACUUUGGUGGUCUUGAAAAAGCGCGUGUCUCUGUUGUAUAGCCCAUCGCAGUUCUCCACGCCAAAGGCAACAUUGCCCGCGAAGUACAUACACCACUCCACGUUAUCGUAAGAUGCAUCAGAAUUCUUAACUCGUAUCUCAUAACCCUCAUUCACCUCCGCAUCGGGUACAAAUGUCCAGAUAUUAUUUUGUUGCUCUUCGCAUGCACUCAAACUUAGAUCACCUUUGAAAGCUCCAUGCGCUGUUAAACAUAGGCCCUGUAUGUCUUUGAUGUAGAAUCGUGCGCCAUCUGACAGCAACUUCGGUGUGACCUGUGCGUUGUCUCGCGAUUGCAUGGGCUGCUGUAUUGUUUUACCUAUGAGAGUAUGUGGUCUAUACUGCAGGACUUCACCCGCGUCUAUCGCCAGUGCACAAGCGUAGUGACCGACAUGAAGCAUAAGAUACGCCGAAAGCAUAUGUAUGAGCAACAUGACCACAGAUAUAUUUCGCGAUGUAAUGUUGUGUGUGUGUG